AAGUGGGACACAGACAUUAGGCUUGGCUGUGUUGACAUGGCCGGAAAAGCUGACAGUGAGCAGGAGUCUGAAAGCUGUAGACUGAAUCCUCUCCCUCAACCAGAAAACAAAACUGAGCCGGAUGAAUCUGCCCUCUGUGUUGAAGCCUCAGAGCCUGACACAAUUCCUGACUCUACCUUGCAGGUGGUAGGAGAGAGCUUUUAUGUCAGCCGACACCAUCUGGCGCUCCAGAGCCCUUACUUCAGGGCUCUGUUUUUUGGCUGUGGCGUGGAAAGCAACAAAAGGCAUGUGGAGAUCAAAGGGGUAGAGCUGCAAUACUUUAAGGUCUUGAUGGAGUACAGCAAGACACACAAACUAGAUCUGAAGAGAGAAAAUGUUCUGGGAAUCCUGGAGACAGCAGACUUCUUGCAGCUGGAGCGACCCAGACUGCUGUGCUGCAAGUUCCUUGAGCGUGAGCUGCACCUCACCAACUGCUUGGGAAUGAUGGCCUAUGCCUGGCAGCUUGGUUGUACUCAUCUGUACACCGCAGCACGACAGGUGGCGCUCACACAUUUCUCUGCAGUUUCAUCCCAAGAAGACUUCCUGCGCCUUUCAAAGGAGACAUUAGCAGACCUUCUUGCCAGCGAUGACCUGGCCAUCUUCAGAGAUGAUCAGGCCCUGGAGGCCACCAUGCACUGGGUGUCAUCUGACCCUAAACGAGAGGAACAUUUCCUGGAGCUGAUUGAGCUGGUGAGACCCGAGUCUCUCUCUUUACCUUUCCUUUCUAAGCUUUUGACCCAAAUGAAAAGUUCUGACCCCAGAGCCAGACUCAUCAGCAAGCUCAAUGAAUAUUAUCCACCUUCUUGGUCAGUGGGAACAUCAAUGAGGAGAACCAGAGCCAGCGAGACUUUGUAUAUCCUGGGUGGACCUCAUGAUAAGGAAGAACAGGCUCUGUAUCAGUUUCACCCUCAGAGUGGUAGAUGGCAAAGCUGCUCACCUCUGCAGAGAAAGAACCUAACUGAGUACUCUGUCGCAGCAGUGGGUGACAAUGUGGUCGUCACAGGUGGCUACUUCCGAGACGUGCUGUGGUUCAGUGUGGACUGGGUCAGGAUAUACGAAUGUGGGAACCAGCGCUGGCUGGAUGGUCCAGCCAUGCAGAAAUCCAGACACAGUCACUGCUCCAUUGGGCUGGAUUCAGCUGUGUAUGUGCUGGGCGGCAGCAUGGAUGAAGGCCUCGUGGCUGACGUAGAGAGGCUGGUCCUGGGGUCAGAGGAAGGCUGGCAGGGGGUGAACCCCAUGGUCAGGGCAGUGGAGAGGGCGGCCACAGCUGCUCUGGGAAUGUGUAUUUAUGUUGCAUGUGGUCUAGAUGAAAAUGGGGAUGUGUAUGCAGGAAUUCAGAGAUAUGAGGCGAAGGAGGAUCAGUGGGAUGUAGUCUCCAAUUCACCGUUUCCACGGUAUGACCUGGUUGCCACUAAGCUCAAUGGUGCCCUCUACCUGUUUGGAGGCCAAGCCUUGCGUUUUGACAUGGAGACUGAUGAAUGGACGAUACUCAAAGAAGAGUGUUUGGAGAACAAGUUUUUUUGCGGCUGUACCAACGUCAGUGGCCAGAUCUAUCUAGUCAGCGAGAGGAAAAGCAACAAAGCACUCCCAAGCAUGGUGCUGUUGGACCCGUACAUAGACACUUGCAUUCAGAUAGACGAUGCCAUACCCUGCCCUUUGCCCCUUAGAGGAUGUGUCACCAUGAGGAUGGUCAUAUGAUUUAAUCUUGUUAAAUAAAAUGAUACAUCUGAAGUCUUUAUUUCGGAAAACCGAUCUAAAAGUGAUUUAUACUAAAGAGCUUUACAAAAAUAUUCAUUCCCCUUUAACCUCUUUACAUUAGAGCACAUUUUGACAACAAACUUCUAUGCUUUUUAUUGGAUUUUUUUUGAUAGACCAACAUAAAACUGCAAAUAGCUUGAAAGAAAAUGAUACAUUGUUGUGAAAAGCUUUAAAAUCAGAUGACUUGGGCGUGUAUUUGUAUUCACCCCCAAUCAAUAAUAAAACAAACGUUCACUGCAAUUAAAGCUUGUGGUCUUUUGGACUAUAUACAUACCAAUAUUUUACAAUUCUUUGCAAAAAUAGCUCAAGCUCACUCAGGUUGGAAGAAUAAUGUCUGUGAACAGUAAUUUUUACGUCUUGCUGCAAGUUUCUAGUUGGAUUUGACGAGGAUAACACAUAACAGAAUACAAAUACAUGCAACCCUUUUCAUGAUUUACUUGCAAAAAAAAGUUUGAAAAUACAAGUAAGUGGCAAUGCAAUGCCCUUUAAGUUUGGUAAAGUUAAUAUAACAAAUAGCUUUUCUUCAAAUUUGGACAAAUAAAAAUUGUCUGACUUAUUAAAUAUGGAUCAUUUAUUAAACUUUUCAACAAGCCACUCAGUAAACAAAACAUCCAUGUGCACUCACUACAGAAUAGUCAAGAGUAACCGCUUUAUAAAUGCAUUAAAACAAUAAUUUAAUAAUAUUCAAUAGGAUCUCAACGCAUGUACACCAUUCAGUGAAUCAGCCCUUUUUAUUUUAACCUCCCCUCUAUAAUAUUUACACUGUACAACUUUCAGAUACAGUAGAAAAGCAGCAGAUGUGCCAUGUGUGCACAGUGAAUGCAGCCAGUCAUUUUUGAGAGCUCCAGUGAACACCCAUACAGAGGAUUAGUGAAUAAUAAAGUAUAUCAGUGUUUGUUUGCAGCAGUGGAGACACCGGCUUGUGCACUUCACUGUAUAAAUGCAUGCUUGGUUCUAUCAGUAAGUUGCUAAUACCAAAUGGAAACGCUUCUCUUCAUCUGAGGCCUUAAACUGAGCAGCAAGCGUCUCUGAGUGGACGCGCCUUUUAUGAUGUAUGCAAGACAUUUUGACCACAUCACUCACAGUUGAAUGCUUGUCCAGUAAAAUUAAAAGCACCAGUACAAAGACUUCAUUCAUAUUUCUUGUAGUAAAUUAGUGUAAAACCAGCAGCCUAAGGAACAAAGUAAAAUACCAGCUCAAACUACAACAACAAACCCUAAUGUUGCUUCCUUGACCAUAAUAAACAAGUAUAGCUGAAGUAAACAUAAAAAAAA